AUGCAACAUGGAGGAAAUCUAGUCUUAAUUUUCUUUCUUUUAACCUGUGGAGGAUCCUUUCAGAAAGGUUUAGCAGAACCAAUAAAAACAGAGAAGUCUGUGUUAGCAGCAGAGGGAGAAGAUGCUCCUCUCAGCUGUCAGCUCCUGGAAACUAAAGAUGUCCAACAGGUCACCUGGCAGAAGGUCUUGGAGGACACAGAGAAGAACAUCUGCACCUACAGCGAGUUUUUUGGUGAAACUGUGGAUCCUGACUUUAAAGAAAAGGUUCAGUUUACAGAAGCUGGACUACAGAAGUCCUCCAUAGUUAUUAAGAGUGUUACAGAGCAGGAUGAAGGAUGUUAUCUCUGUUUGUUCAACAUCUACCCUGAUGGAGCUCUGACAGGGAGAACCUGUUUGAAGAUUUAUGAGCUGCAUGAACCCAUCCUUGAUGCCAGAAGGUCAAACUCUUCUGCAGAGUCAGUUGUGUCCUGUUCAGCCACAGGUCGACCUGCUCCCUCUGUAACACUGACUGUUCUCCACCAGAACCUCAGCUUCUCCCAGUACACCUCCACCAGUGUUACCAACAGCAACGGUACGGUCACCAUCACCACCACAGCUCUGCUGUCAGCUUUCAGCAGCACAGAGGUUGGAUGUUCAGUGUCAGUUCUCUCUGCUGCUCCCAGAGAGCUGCUGGUCACCGUUCCUGGACUCACAGAGACGUCUGAAGAUGGGUUGGAUAAACAGACUGGAUCAUCUGACAGACGCUCCAGAUGGCCUUUAAUUAUUCCAUUCCUGAUGAUGAUGAUGAUGAUGAUGAUGAUGGGUGUCAUUUUUAUCUUCCUGCUCAGAAAAGGACUUCAGAGGAGGAAUAACAAACAUUCCCAGGAUGCCACAGGCAACCAGAAGCCAGACAGCUCAGCGGUGUCAGACAACAAAGAGGUCAGACUACGAACCUCAGAAAGACCGAGACAAAACAGUGAAUCUGUUUCAUCACUAUGACAACAGGGACACCUCAUUUCAACCUGUUUGUUUUAUUACCAACAGUAACCCAGCAACAAGGGGUCAUAUUGAUAAGGCAGCUAAACUUGAGUUAAAUUGUAUCAAAGCUUGAGACACAACAGUUCUUAUAGACGUUAGACAAUCACCUCCUGAGUAUUUACAAGUACUUACCUGAUUGUGUUGAUGUUUUGUAAUUAAAAAAGGUGCUUCAUUUGGUUUUAACACAUUGUUACUUUUGUGUUUUCUACAUAUUUUUUACAAAAAUAAUAAAGUUUUGACAGCAACUACCCUUUUUUUUUUUUUAAAACACACAUUUUAGUACUUAGUGAUUAAGAGGAAGAAAAUGUAUCACAUAUUGAAGGUCAGUAAUGUGACGUUUGUAUUUAAAUAAUGGCUUUUUAGGAUGUUGUUGCUGAUUCAGCAGAAACUCUGCAAUUCUGGAGCCUUUUUUUCUGUGAUUCAAAAUGCAUGAGGAAAAAUUGAGAAAUUUAAAUUUUGGUUUGACUCAUUUUAGUUUCAUUAACAAAAUGAGAAAGAAAUCUUUCAAAAAUGUGCUUGUUCUUUAAGCUGAUCAAAAUAUUUAAAGGUUUUAUUUUAUAGGUUCUUAUGUACCUGUACAGUUUUGUAGUAAAACGUUUAUAUUCCUAAACAAAAGCCUCUGCAACCCUUUCUGUGCUCCUUGAAGGGUAGUUCAUGUUUUUUGAAGUGAGGCUGUGUGAAAUUAUCAGUAAUAUUUCCCUAACGUGUAGGAGAAAGAUGUCAAAUAAUUUUUCAGAAAUUCAUUAAUUACUGGGGCUUUUUGGAAAUUAAAUAAACCAUCCAGCUAAGAAGGGCUACACUGGCAUUUUAGCUGAUUUUAGCAUGAAAAUGUUAAUAUCAGUGGGAUAUAACACUAGGUUACCAGAUGUUAACAGUCUACAAUUUCACAACAGACAUGUUGCAUUUGGUGCUCCUUUAUUUAGCAGAACAACCUCUAUGUUUCUAUGUGACACUGUGUUGUUUGAGCCUGCUGGUUCUAUGAGUCCAUCGGAUCAUCCGUCUGCUCUAUCUUUAUAAAAAACCAGAACUAACCCUUUAAAGACGUCCUAUUUUUCAACAUAAAAACACAGUUGAAAAUAAUUGAAAGGGCCGAAUGAAAAUAGUGACUGGUGUUUCUAUUAUUUUUAAUAUGGCAAAAAUACCAUAAAAAAGUUCUCAUUGAUUUUUGAACGCAAAAAGAAAAACUUUUUUUUUUUGUAAUUUAAUAUUGUGCAUUUUAAAACAAAAAAUCAACAAACCACAUGUUUUUAUAUUUCAAUGAAUUUAUUUCAAUUCUUUAUUGGUUUCUGGUUUUAUUUUUAAUUUACACAAACAUGCUCUAACUGUUUAGAUAAAAGACCACUGGAGAUUGCUGUUUAUUUACGUUUUGUUCAGGCACUUUUCUUGCAGUUCCACCUUGCUGUUGUCCACAUUACAUUAUGAACAAGAAAAAAGGCUUUUAUAAAGCUAGCCAUUUAUUUUUUGUCUCUAAUUGCAUUAGAUUGUGCCUUAAUGUGUUAACUACUGAUAUGCACUGUAUGAAUGCUCUGAUUAGCUGAUAAUAUCUACUGACUUCCACUAAAAUAAACUUCCAGUAAAACUAAAA